UCUUCAAGGCCAUAUAGCGCAAGCUCUUACGCCUGCUUCAAGAGACACUCUCUAGAUUUCGCUACAUACAAAUACUUUAUAUCUCUUUGCGAAUUUCAAGGUCACCUUCUUCAGCAGACAAAAACAUGGCGUUCAAGUUGAACAAUCAGUUGUUGUCAAAGAUAGCAACCGGUAAAGGUCACGGUGAAGACUCACCAUAUUUUGAUGGAUGGAAGGCUUAUGACAAAGAUCCAUAUCAUGCCACCGAGAAUCCAAAUGGAGUUAUUCAGAUGGGUCUUGCAGAGAAUCAGCUUUGCUUCGAUUUGAUUCAAGAAUGGGUGAAGAACAAUCCGAAAGCUUCCAUUUGCACUCCUGAAGGAGCAGAGGAGUUCAGGGAGAUAGCUAUCUUUCAAGAUUACCAUGGCUUGUCAGAGUUUAGAAAUGCUGUUGCAAAGUUCAUGGCCAAGGUUAGAGGAGAUAGAGUAACGUUUGACCCUGACCGCAUUGUUAUGAGCGGAGGAGCCACCGGAGCUCAUGAAAUGAUCGCCUUCUGCUUGGCUGAUCCCGGCGACGCUUUUUUGGUGCCUACUCCUUAUUAUCCAGGAUUUGAUCGAGACUUGAGAUGGAGAACAGGAGUUCAACUUAUCCCAGUUGACUGUGAAAGCUCUAACCACUUCAAGGUAACAAGAGAAGCCUUGGAAUACGCUUAUGAGACGGCACAAUCAGAUAACAUCACAGUAAAGGGCUUGCUCAUAACCAAUCCAUCAAAUCCUUUAGGUACAAUCUUAGACAGGGAAACUUUAAAAAGUAUUGUGAGCUUCAUCAAUGAGAAGAACAUCCAUUUAGUCUGCGAUGAGAUUUACGCAGCCACAGUUUUCAGCCAGCCUGAUUUUGUUAGCAUUUCAGAGAUAAUAGAAGAAGAGGAGUGCAAUAUUGAUCUCAUCCACAUAGUUUACAGCCUCUCCAAGGACAUGGGGUUCCCUGGAUUUAGAAUAGGCAUUGUUUACUCUUACAAUGAUGCAGUUGUGAGCUGUGCUCGCAAAAUGUCGAGCUUCGGAUUAGUAUCAUCGCAGACUCAAUACAUGAUUGCUUCAAUGUUAUCGGAUGAUGGAUUUGUGGAAGACUUCAUCACGCAAAGCAAGAAGCGAUUAGCUACAAGGUAUAGUAACUUCACCAAUGGACUAGCUCAAGUAGGGAUCAAGUGUUUGAAGACGAGCAAUGCAGGCCUGUUCGUAUGGAUGGAUUUGCGUAAGCUUCUCAAGGAGCACACAGUAGAAGGAGAGACAGCACUGUGGCGGGUGAUAAUCAACGAGGUUAAGUUGAAUGUUUCGCCAGGUUCUUCUUUCCAUUGCACUGAACCAGGGUGGUUUAGAGUUUGCUAUGCAAACAUGGAUGACCAGAGCAUGGAAGUUGCUUUGUCAAGAAUUAGCAGAUUUGUGCUGAAGCACAAGGAAGCCGUGAAGCCAGCGAAGAAACUAUGCUGGCAAGGCAGCCUCAAACUCAGCUUUUCCUCUCGAAUAUACGACGAUCUCAUCAUGUCUCCCCGCUCUCCUAUAUCCCAAUCGCCUCUCGUUCGAGCGAGAACUUGAGCACGUUCAUGGAUCCUGACAAGGUAAAAUGGAGUGAAAAUGCAAUAGAACAAGAUGGAAAAGUAUUCUAUUUCAUUACACUCCAUAUUGCACUUGCAUCAAUAAAAUAACUUUAACACUUUCUACGCACUUGAA